AUGGACACCCGGUCACUCUGCAGAAUGGUGAAUCUCCUAUUGUGUUUCAUGGAAGCCCUGGGCGCUGCUUCUAACGAUGACGGCUGGUCCAUGAAGGUUCAGAUGGAGGUGCGUGCCAUGGAGGGCUACCCGGUGGUGCUGCCUUGCUCCUUCACCCACCCCCACCACACGCUGCACUCCUCCCUGCAGGUGGUGUGGCGGCUGGGCCACGGCCAGGGCUCUACGGUGCUCUACCACUGCUCCUCUCCCACCGGGGCCAGGACCUGCCAGCCAAGUCCCCAGCAGGACCAGCGCUACCGCAUGGAGGGGAACCCCCGAGACCACGACCUCUCCCUGCGCAUCAACAGUGCCGCCCUGCAGGACAACGGACGCUACUACUGCCGCGUGGAGGUGCCCGGACACGCACACAGCAGCUACGAGGAUAAGAUGGGCACACGGCUUAGAGUGGAGGCUGCCCCACGGAUCCUGGGGCUGUCAGUGGAGGGUAGUGAGGACACUGGCUACAGGGCUCAGUGUCGUGUCCAGGGCUCCCCCCUACCUGAUGUCCAGUGGCUGGGGCCUGACGUGCUCCUGGAGGGCUCCGACAUCUCUCCCCUCUCCCAGGAGUCCCCCGGGCAACACCACACCACCAGCCAGCUCCGGGAUGUCCUCCCUGGGCAGCAGUACACCUGCAGUGCCUCCAACCCCCUGGGGAAGGACCAGGUCACCCUGUACGUGCUGCCCCCCAGGCAGGUGCAGGUCUCUGGGGAGGCCCCUCCUCUUCUGCUCCUACUCUCCCUCUCCCUGGGGUUCAAGGUGCUGCUGCUGCUGGGGAUGGUAGUCUGGCUGCCACAGGGAGGAGGCCCGGCAUGGCUCAGAUGCUGCUUCAAAUGAUACACUGUUUGCAUAUGCAUGCACGCACGCACACAUACACACUAAUCCAAAUGUUUUAACUUCUCAUACAUUCUUCCAUUUGCCUUCAAUAAACAAUACAUUAUUUGACCCAUUUGCGUGUAAUUAGAUCCCACCUCAUUCCCUACCAAGGGUUUAUAUGUAAUGAAUAGACUGUAAAUCAUUAGUUUAUUGUUUAUGAAUCUAACUCAUUAGUUGAAAUGUUGUGAUAAUCUAUUUGUCAAGCCUCAAAAUGGUGGCUACACACAAAACCGCUGUACAUGUAAAGGUGAGGAGGGUAUAUUUAUUGUGGUUAUGGUGGUUUAAAGAAUACAGCAGAAGCAUAGCUUCUUACACAAAUAUGCCACAUUUAAUGUCAUUUAAUGUAAUAUGCCACAUUUAAUGUAACACCAUUGACAUAGAUGGGUUGGCUGACAACGUCAUGGAAAUGCACGUGCGUCGAUGUGGCCGGAAGCCGUGCUUUGUUAUGAUUCUGAAUGGUCAGACAGCUAGCAACAAGGACAAGAAGCUGCCAUGUGGGGAAUAGUACUGUAGUUGAGCAAGUUUUUAUCUUGUUCUUGAUACCAUGUCUUGUUUUGAGGUGUUUUGACUGAUUUCCUGUCUAUGCUAAUAUGGCUCAAAUUCGCUAUCUAGGUAACCAAUAACUGUAACAAUGUAUUUGAGAGACAAGUGCUCAUUGUGCAAAUGUAUUUGUUUUGCUAUAAACAUUUGGACAUUAAAUAUAGUUUACAUUUUGUCAAAGAGUCUAAGCCAA